GGGUCAAAGUUCCUCAGCGAGGAACGCUGCCCCCGCGAGCUCGUCUGACCGGAGUUAGUUGAGGCUUAGAGGCGGGGAGGGUUGUGCGGGGGCGAAUGGCGUUGCCAGGUGGAAAUAAAGAUAAUAUCAGGGCAGGGUGCAAGAAAUGUGGUUAUCCGGGUCAUCUGACAUUUGAGUGCCGAAACUUUCUCCGUGUAGAUCCCAAAAGAGACAUUGUUUUAGAUGUGAGCAGCACAAGCAGCGAAGAGAGUGAGGAGGAGGAGCUGGGAAAACUUGAUGCCGUUCCAGAAAAGCAGGGUAUUCCAGAUGAAGAAAAGAAAAAGACCCAAAAGAAGAACAAGGAGAAAUCAAAAUUAAAGAAAUCAAGAAAAAGAUCUCAUUCUUCAAGCAUCACAGAAGACGAUGAACCUAAAUCAAAAAAGCAGAAAUCCCAUAAAAAAGAAAAGAAGAAAGUGAAAAAGAAUAAAUCUAAGAAAAGAAAACAUCAUCACAAAAAGGGAGGAAAAAAACACAAAAGAGGAAAAGAUUCUUCAUCUUCUGAUAGUUCAGAUUCUUCUAGCAGUGAUUGAAAAUCAAGACUUGAUUUACGUCAAUCCUAGUUCAAAUAAUGCCGCAAGAUAUAUACUCCUUAAUAAUUUAUUUUAAAAAUCUCUUUGUAUUAAACUCUUUUUUUGGUGAGGCGGGAGGAAUUAAGGUUUUCAUUCUCCUUUGUGGGUUUCAAUCUUUAUUUGUUCUUCCUGAUUGAAAAUUUUUUGAGAUUAAAAUCUUAGAAGUAAUUGUUACUUCUAAGAUUUUAAUUUCUCAAGAAUUACAAAUUAUUAAUGAACAAAAUCCAGUAAUUUUAGUUGUACAGUCCUAUGGUUUUUUUUUUUUAAACACUUCUGAUAAUCAAUGGGCACCUGCAAGAGACUGCUGUUUUGCAGAUCCCAUUUACUUCCAUUUUAGGUCCUGGAAUGAGAAGAAAAAAACCCCAAUUCCAUGGCAGGCAUUUAUGUCCCUUAAGUGGGAACACCUGGAAAAGUUCCACUUGCAUCAUUGUCUGUUCCAGUAGAAAACUAGCAGAGCAUGGAACCAGUCAUUUCCCCUCUUUAAAUUCUGUUUUUUUUCCUGUCCCAUGGAAAUGUUUUGUCAUUGUGUUCUGUUAUUAAGAUACAUGUUCUUUUAUACAUUUUUAGUAAAACUAGAAGGAAGUAUGCUUAGAAAAUUUUGAAACAUGGUCAUUGCUAGUUAAAGCUGAUGGUUCUAGAACUAAUUCUAAGAGUAAUUAGUUCUAGAAUCAUUAGCUAUAACUAGCAGUGAUUGUAUAGUGUACAGCAUAGAAUGGAAAGAAGUGUGAAGUUGUUGAAAGGCUGUUGUAGCAUAUUAUAAGCGCACAUGGUAGAAGCAUCUCUGGAUCAGGAUAUAAGUUUGUGUGUAAAUAUUGGGAACUAAAUGAGCAAAGUGGGCAUAGAUUUUUUAAGCAGCAAGUGGUGGGUUUUUUUCUAGUAAAACCUGCUUUUUGACCACUUGAACUAAAAAUGAAAACUAUUUUUAAUGCUGCUUUUUUAUUUCCAUGUUGUUUCUUGCCAUUUGUUUGUAUAGAUGAAAAAAUAAUAUAUACUUUUUUGUUGGACCAAAGAACUAAACCUGAUUGAAUUUGUAAG